CUUCGAUGUCCUGAUCCGACCUCUUCGCCAUGUCUCGCAGGUAAACAACCUCCCCUCAGACAUUUCCCUUGGUGGCAAGAUGUUGCGCUUCCUCAAUUUCUUCCGCCGCGCGCCAACCCGGCCACUGACUUCCGCCGAACUCCUCAUCGAUGUCGGCAUCACAGCCGUCGCAAUGUACUCGAGCGUCGCGCUGAUCGCGCAUCAUAUAGUUGCGGUGGCUAACAGCGAAGGCCCCUCCAUGUACCCGACCAUGUCCAGCGAGCUCUCAUACACAAUCUACCUGCGACGGCACAGGCACGGCAAAAACAUCAGGGUCGGGGACGUCGUCGUCUUCGAGAACCCCGUCUUCCUGCGCGAGCGGGCCAUCAAGCGUGUCAUUGGUAUGCCGGGCGACUAUGUCGUGCGUGACCCGGCGCAGAGCCCGACGGUCGGCGGCGCACCGGUACCUGGAUCUGCCGGCAUCACGAGGCGAGUCGUUGGAGAGGAUGCUUCUUCUGCGCGAGACGAACCCACCAUGGUCCAGGUGCCCGAAGGCCACGUCUGGCUUGCGGGGGACAAUCUAUCGUACAGUCGCGACUCGCGCUUCUACGGACCUUUGCCCAUGGCUUUGAUCCAGGGAAAAUGUAUAUACAACGGGGAUGGGUGGUUCACUUGGACGAAUUUAAGGGAACCGCGUCUUCUGCCAGUCUUGGAACCUAAUCAGACUUCUCUGGAGCCUGUCAAUGCCGAGGCUGUAUUAGAAGGUGCAAAGCCUGAUUGAGCACGUGGAAUACUGGGAAAAAGAUAAAAUUGUACAGUCAGCGACAGGGGCGAGAUCAGUCCCCGGUCUUAUGGUACAGCGCCUCAAGGCUCGACUACCUAAAGCUAGGAGGAUUGCGCCUUUUAUACGGCAGAGGCUCGACCUUCUUCCUCUUAAGUUCGACAUUGGCGCCCUCAAUGCCGGCCCUUUGCAUGACAGAGGCCAUGGUGUCGUCCCAUUGCGUCCGGAACAAGGAUGCACUGAUGGGAGUCAACAUGUGGCGGCUCAUGAAGCUGCGGGCCGAGAAACCAUCUCUUUGAAUCUUGCUCCUGGCAAUCCCGAGGUCAAUGGGGAUGUUGUCUUUGUGUUGUAGGACGAUGAUGGACAAUCUGUGAUAUGGACUACCUUUUUGUGCAUGAGGUGGUAGCCAGGGAAGGAGGAUUUGGUUGUCGGCGGAUAAUUUCGAGAGGUCAACCAGAGGCUCGGUCGGGGAGAUGAUGAUGUUGGAAGCGAGGAAGUGGCAUCUCGAGUCAAAGCUGUCCUUUUCUAAAUUGGGCACGUCUGGAUCGACGACGGCAAUGGAGACCAUUUUCUCGCCGCGGUCAAAGGCUUGCAGUGUAAGCUGGCAUGGGUUCUCGCUGAUAUUCGACUGCACGAACUCUCCUGGUGGUAUGGUCUUUUUGCCAAACGCAAUUUUGACGUCCAGUAUAGGAUCGCAGGCUGGAAUCACGUCUGGGACUACGUUCAUCUGUGUGAUCCUUUGGACCAGAAUUUUCCGGGGGUAGUCUCGCCAUUUUCGCUCUGCCAGAUAUCUGUAGAUGGGUUUGUUCAUGUCGCCUGCAUUUGUCAGCUUAGCCAUCUCCAAGUUUCGGAAGAGCACUCACCCUUGC